ACGCCCCCUGAUGUGUGCGGCUCAGGCGUACAAAAGGGCCGGUGCUGGCCGCGGGAGCCGGUGCUGAGAGGCGGCACGGAAGUCUUUGCUGUACGGGAGCUUGUGCCACAGCCACAGCCAUGGGCUGGGAACUGACGGUGAAGAUGCUGGGGGGCAACGAGUUCAAAGUGCCCCUGAACAACUCCAUGUCGGUGUCAGAGCUGAAGGCAAAGAUCACCCAGAAGACCGGCGUGCACGCCUUCCAGCAGCGUCUGGCCGUCCACCCGAGUGGCCUCGCACUGCAGGACAGGGUCUCCCUUGCCAGCCAGGGCCUGGGCCCCGGCAGCACCGUCCUGCUGGUGGUGGACAGCUGUGAUGUCCCUCUGAGCAUCUUGGUGAGGAAUGACAAGGGCCGCAGCAGCACCUACGAGGUGGUGCUGACACAGACCGUGGCGCAGCUGAAGCAGCGAGUGAGCCAGCAGGAGGGCGUGCAGGAAGACCUGUUCUGGCUGACCUUCGAGGGGAAGCCCAUGGAGGACCAGCUCCCGCUGGGGGAGUAUGACCUCCAGCCCCUGUGCACCGUGUACAUGAAUCUUCGCCUGCGGGGAGGCAGCGCAGAGCCUCCCGCCAGCAUCUGAGCAGGAUCAAGUGCUGGAAAUAAAAGCUGCUACAAAGAGAAA